AUGACUGUCAUUAGUGUGCCUGCUAUGGUUUUGAAUCUGCUGGUGUGGGAAUGGUUCUUCCUGAUUGGUGGUUCCAUCGGACGGUCGAGCACACCUCCCCCUCCUAAUCCAAAAAGGUCUUUGGCUGCGGCGGGGUUGGAUUCAACCCAACCCGAUCCCCACCAAUCCACGUGUGUAUCCAGCCUCCCCACCGCACACCGGGAACGAGACGACUCGCUCGCGUCGCGCGCUGCUUCGGCAAAGGCGCCGCCGCCGCCGCCGCCGCCGGGGCGGCCACCUCUCCCUCGCGGCACUGACGGCGUGCCCGACGGCAGCGGGGUUCGUCAAGCAGCGGCGUUGACUGCUGCUACUCCCGCACCGGCCUUGAUUCGGACGGCGGCAGCUCCUCCAGGGCAGCGGGUGCACCAGAGGUCCUCAUCACCAUGCUGUCCAGAAGCAUUACCUGCAGAUUAUAGUCUUUAAAUCUGUGAAAGGUAUACGUUGGAGUUUAAAACCUGUGGAAGAUGAUUGUGAAAGCUAUCAUACUCUAGAGAAGAAAGUGGGUUGCAAGAUGUACUGAUUUCAAGACCGACAGCUACGAUAUUUUUCAAUAUAUGAUCUAGCUUGCAACUUUAUGUAAGCUGUACUGUUACGUCUGAACAUUCUGCUAUGAGAAGGUUGUCCUAUUCUGCUAUCAUGUUUGGAUCAAGUCGAGUUUUCCUCUGUUUGAAACAGAGUCAUACA